GUCGCAGAUCGCCAUCCCCGUGCUGCGCCAAAGCAGCGGCGAGCCGCCGCCGCCACCGCGGUGCGAAUACCCGAGGUGCUUCCUGCGAAAACGCCGUCAGUGGCUUCAGCCCCACGGGGACCGGUGCCACCGCCCUUUGCGUCCGCAGCGCCUGCGGCGGAGGCGGCUGUGGCAGAGGAGGAUGAAGAUGCGGAAGAGGAGGAAGCGGCGCAGCAGGAGGAGACUGAGCCUCUGAGUGCCGAGCAGUACGCUGAAUGGAUGAAGUACUACCGUGACUGUGCGGAGUAUUUCGAGCAGUGUGAGAAGAACUGCGCGCUAGAG